AUGGAGGCUACGGGAAACUCCCUAGAGAAAAAUGUAGAGACAAACGCCGAGACGGAAGACAUUGAUGACAAGAUAUACCCUCCCCUGAAGAAGGUCAUGCCGGCCAUGUUGGCCGUCUCCCUCGUCUUCUUCCUUGUUGCUCUGGACCGCACGAUUAUUGGUACCGCCAUCCCAACCAUAUCCAGCCAGUUCAACAGCUUCGCGGACAUUUCCUGGUACGAGUCUGGCUUUCUGCUGCCCAUCUGCGCUUCCCAGCUCUCGUUCGGUCUCAUCUACCAGUAUUACUCGACGAAAUGGGUUCUCUUGGUACUCACGGCCCUGUUUGAGCUUGGGUCCAUCAUCAGCGCAGCAGCGCCAUCCUCGAAUGCCUUUAUUGUCGGUCGUGUAAUCUCUGGCAUGGGAGCCGUUGGCAUCGGGCCCGGUGCCUUUCUGCUCGUCACCCAUCUCGUUCCUCUGGAGAAACGGCCCAAGUUCCUGGGCUCGCUGGGGUCGAUGUUUGGGAUAUCGUCCAUCCUUGGGCCUAUCCUGGGCGGCUAUCUCACAUCCGUCAGUUGGCGCUGGUGCUUCUGGAUCAAUGUGCCUACCGGAGGCGUUGCUAUGGUCCUGCUAGUUAUCCUUGCUCCAGACGCUCCUCCGCCAUGCAAGCCGGCAACAUCAUGGCGUAAAAGGAUCCUCGAAUUCGACCCUCUUGGGUUCCUUCUGAUUGCGCCGUCGAUUAUCUGCUUCCUCUUUGCUCUUCAGUUUGGCGGAGAGGAUCAAAGUUGGUCGCAGGCUCGUGUAGUUGCGCUAUUCGUUCUCUUUGGAGUCUUCUUACUUGGAUUCAUUGCCUGUCAGGUAUGGCGUAAAGAGAACGCUACAGUGCCUCCAAGGAUUGUUUGCCAACGCGACAUACUCUGUGGAUGCAUGAUUGGCUUCUCCACGGGGUCUGUGCUAGUGUUGUAUACCUUUUACCUCCCGAUUUGGUUUCAAGUCGUGCAGAGCAAAUCGCCGCAGAGUUCUGGUCUGUCCCUGCUCCCGUUGCUGUUGAGCAAUGUGGUUGCCAUUGUCUUGUCCGGUUUUCUUGUCAGCAAGGUUGGAUACUACACUCCAUUCUCCGUUAUUGGUGGCAUGAUGCUUGUUGCAGGUGCAGCUUUGGUCGCCACAUGGACAGUGGACAUAAAUGAGGGCAAAUCAAUCGGCUAUCAGAUCUUGACAGGUGCCGGACUCGGUCUAUGUCUUCAACAGCCCAAUAUUGUAAUCCAGACCGUUCUCUCCGACAAGGACAUCUCCAUUGGAACGUCAAUAUUCAAUUUCUUUGUCUUUCUUGGCGGCACCAUCUUCGUGACCGCAUCUCAGAGUCUGCUUGAAAACCAACUCAUCCGAAAACUCGCGGGAAUUGUCCCCAACCUCGAUGCAGCCAGCCUUGCGAGCAGCGGAGCGGGCAGUCUAAAGAAUCUCGUCCCUCCUGACAAGCUGGAUGAAUCUUUGAAUGCUUAUAAUGACUCGAUGAGGUCUAUCUGGUAUCUUGCUCUGGGAUUGGCCGGUCUUGCAUUGAUUAGCUCUUUUGGUUUGAGAUGGAAAAGUGUUAAAGUUAGGAAAAUUAACGAGACAAACACAGACGAUACGAAAAAAUAG